ACUUAAGGCAUCUAAACCACUUGAUCUAGCCCCCUGGGUUUGCAGCAGUAAAAAUUGUGACAAUGGAUUGGAGAUUUAUUAGAAAGUCAUUUCUUUAUAAAUAGGUGCAAGCAAUCUCCUUUUCCCCAAAAAAUGAUACAGCUAGUCUCCAUUAGUGAAAAUCAAUAGCUUCUAGAUAUAUAUAUAUAUUUUUUUUUUGGAUCAAAAAAUCUAGAAGCUAUAGGUUUUCUAUUUUGCACAAUCUAGGGUUUAUAAACACCAUCGCCAUUGUCGCCAAAGUCGAUCAACCGACCAAUCUCGAGAAUCUCCGAACAAUCCCGAACGAUGAACCUAAAUUUUCGAUUCAGUUGAAAUACACCCCAAAUCUGUGAGAAAAAGCUCAGUCUUUGGGACUGAAGACUACAACCCAGACUGUCCGCUUUCAAUGGCCAAGACCAGACCUGGCAAACGAGACUUGGAUUCUUACACCAUCAGAGGCACCAACAAGGUCGUCAGAGCUGGGGAUUGUGUAUUGCUGAGAUCAUCAGACACGGAUACAGCCCCAUACGUGGCACGUAUUGAGAAGAUUGAAGCGGAUAAUCGGAACAAUGUCAAGGUUAGAGUGAGGUGGUACUAUAGGCCAGAGGAGUCAAUGGGAGGCCGGAGACAGUUUCACGGAUCGAAAGAGCUGUUCUUGUCAGAUCACUAUGAUGUUCAGAGUGCCCACACCAUUGAAGGCAAGUGUAUCAUUCACUCUUUCAAGAAUUAUACCAAGCUUGAGAAUGUUGGGCCGGAGGACUACUAUUGUCGAUUUGAGUAUAAAGCUGCCACUGGAGCGUUUGUGCCAGACCGUGUUGCAGUGUAUUGCAAAUGUGAGAUGCCAUAUAACCCAGAUGAUUUGAUGGUACAGUGUGAUGAGUGCAAGGACUGGUAUCAUCCUGCUUGUGUGGGCAUGACUAUUGAACAGGCAAAGCAUUUAGACCACUUCAUUUGUUGUGAGUGUUCAUUAGAAGAUGGUGUGAAAAAAUCUGGGAAUACAUUUCCUGCAUCCCCAUUGACUAUUGGCAAGGUGGAACCGAAGCGUCAGAAGAGGUGAAUGCAAUUGGAGGGGUCAUGAGGCAUAAAUAGACAUCACUUUCUUUGAAGUUUUAGAAGUUAUGCAGCUGUUGUUGUGGGCAUUGUACAGUGCAGAGAACCAUACUGGUACUCUGCUCAGGACCUGUGACUUGUAGUAAUUGAUGUGUUCUAUUUUUGUGUACGUAUGCCAGAAUUAUGAGAUAAUUUUGCAGUACACAUCAUGUCCAGAAUGAUGAUUCAGUAAAUUAGUAUGUGAUUAUAUAAUCUCUAGUGGUACUAUGGCAGCUAAACUAUCUCAUUUUCAGCUGAUGUAAAACUUCUUGUUCUGGGAGACUGGGACCAUGGUGUUUGUUGUCAUUCAAAUAAGCAUGUUAUGUUGGUAGGGGCUAACAAACAUACUGGGCCAUGCAAUGAAUUGUGGAGUGAUUGAGGUUGGAGGAGGACAAUGCAGGAGGUCUGUUGAUUGAUGAUGGCUUUAAUUAUUGUUGCUUCUAAUUGGGCUUCAUUCCACUUCUGCUUUGCUUUAGCAAUUCUUUUUUUUUCCCCCUCUUUC